CAAAGUUCCACGUGAUGUCUGACGUCGAGGAUAAAGUGUUGUCGGAUGUACACGUUGGCUGCUUGGUGGGAAUAGCUUCAAGUGGAAGGCAAGUUACAGUUGUCUCGAGAUUUUGCAUUCGAUUUCAUCAACCUUCAGGAAAAUGUGUGAACGAAAUCGAAGUUGAUGAUGAUGGAGAUGUUGUUGUGUCACGUGACCCAUCAGAGUGUCAGACAGUAAUGAUUGAACAUUCAAUGGAGACUACAAUACCCAAUGUUGGGCAACAGGUUUGGCCAGGGGCUCUACUUCUUGCAGACUUUAUUCUACACAAUUCAGACAGAUUUACUGGCUUGUCAGUGCUGGAACUCGGAGGAGGCACAGGUUUAGUUAGCAUCAUUUUGGCUCGAGUCGCUCUUCAUGUUCUUUGCACAGAUAUUGGAGAUGAUGUCCUUCAGUGCUGUAGAAGAAACAUCGAGAGAAAUACUCACAUCUAUGAAGACAAACCAUAUGUCGAAGGCCAGUGUGCUCAACCGAUUAAAGUCAGAGAGCUCAACUGGUUGGAACAUGAUCAAAUAGAAAACAGUGAAGGUGUCUUUGCUUGGUCAGAUGAAGAUCUAGUGAGACUGCAGAAGAUUGAUGUUAUUGUUGCAGGAGAUGUUGUUUACUCUGAUGGUCUUACUGAGGCAUUCAUUUCGACUCUACGUUAUCUGAUGAUGAGUUAUAGUUGUUGUAGCCAAUGCUACAUUGCAACAGAAAAGAGGUUUAAUUUCACGUUGGCAGAUUUAGACGCAGUAGCUCCUGCUCAUAACCACUUUUGUUCCUGCAUGGAAAACCUAUGCAGAGAAGAGUCUUCAGUCGGUCGAUUUCAUUUGGAACAGAUUCCACUCGACUUUCCAAGUUCGUUUGAUUUUGAACGACCACCUCUCCUGGAACUGUGGUCUUUGAAAUUUUAUCGAAAUCUGGCCAGUUGAGAUAUCGAUCACGUGACUUUACUCAACAGAUCUGAUUGACUGUGUAUAUACUUAUAAUAGUGUGUACUAUACUAUAGAUCACAUUAAU